AAAAAUAUCAAUGAACAACAGUUUAUUUUUAACACGAAAGAAAAUGUCCAUUUAUGGUAUUGUAUAUUUUUCAGAGCUGAGAAGCAUGGGUUAACAAUUGUUUUAGCAGCUGAAGAACAAGAUGGAAACAAGUUCUCGCGGCAAUGUGUACGUGAAGAUAGAUGGACGGUGGGUGAUUGCAACCCUGGGGUAUGACCUAGACACUGAUAAUGCAGCGCAAGUCGUAGCGGGGAAUUCUAGGGACAUCAAAUCCCAAGCAAAUCAGCUUCAACAAAUCAAUCAAAGGGCAGUUUAUAUAAAUAUUGACAACAGGACUGGGUAUCAACCUGAUCUGCCUAUUCUGAGAAAUAUACAAGGCAUUGGCCGACAGAGAAAAACUAAUGAAAGCAUAAGCACUGUUCUACAGAAACUGAACUUUGAAGAAUAUGCUCUGCAGUUCAGAGAAUUUGCCUACUGUUGUGAGUUUUACAGACUGCUAGUGAAGCACAAACUUCACAGACUCAGUGGGACCGUACAGAAACAUGUGUUUGGUGUACUGGAGCAAAUGACAAACGCUGCCAUAUCAAUGGAACUGUUUAUACCCCCACUGAAGCACACCCUGAAGGAAGUGUUGGACAGUAUGACAGAUAAUGAAAACGCCAUGAUAGGAAGUAAAUCAUUGAGGAGGAAACAUCACGAUCUCAUCAACAACUGUCUGGUCAGGAUAUCAAGGUUCCAGUAUACACAGAGAGAAGAUGAUGGGAAGCUUUGUCUUCUUGAUUUACCCAAGGAGUGCCUCAUCAGCAUAAUGAAGAAACUGGAUCAACCCCGGGACAUUGUUAAUGUGGCCUUGACCUGUUCCACCCUGGAGGUCAUUGCCAUGGAUAAUGAAGUUUGGGAAUCCAUGUGUCUUUAUCACUUUAAUGACAAGGCCAUGAGCGAUUAUAUCAGCCAUAUUGAAUACUACAGUGUGGACUGGCUGGAUGUCUUCAAAUUCUGCAGCAAGAAAAUUAAAGCUUUUAAGAGGAUAUAUGGAGAUGAUCUAGUGGUUUGUGAUAACUGUAGAGGCGUGUUCUGGAGGGUGGUGGGCCAUGACUGUCUAAACAAAGAAGAAGCUCCAUCACACACCCUUCUGACUCCAUCUGAUUUCCUAGACCUACUCAAUCUAUAAAUAUACAUGUGGUACAUAAAGACUUACACUUUAGAAGUUCACAGAUUUACAUAUCUCUUUGAAACUUUACAAAUGGCAACACUGACUAUAAGGAAACAUCUGUGUUUAAGCUUAUUUUUGUGGUCUUUAUCUUGAAUGUUUGUAAUAUAAGCAUUUACAUUUUUCCCCAUUGACUUUUGAUUUCACAUAGUGAACACAUAUUUGUUAUUUUUUUAAUGAAUAAAGCAGUAUAUUGGCUGCCUUUUUAAAUAAAUUUACUGAUUGUAUGUUUUUUUUACUUACUUAGACCCUUUGGGACAUAUUUUUUUUUAUAUAAUUUUUUUAUCCUUCAUUAAUUUUUUGGACUUUGUUUUACAGGUACAAUGUACCAAUGUACCAAUCGAUUUUUAUGCUUGUUAAUAUUAUCAAAGAAAAAUUAGCAAAACUAAAAGUAAGAUAUGCUUACAUUUGUUACAAGUCCAUUGUAUAUGGAACAGCAGUUAAUUAAGCUGUACAUAAUGGCCAUUAUACCUGUAUGUAGUGUAAUUUUGUUUGUUUUUGAGUUAUUAAAAAUAAACCAGU